UGUAGCGCAACAGGGCAGGCAUCGGGCUUUGACUGGGGGCACCAUCGUGUGCUGCAGCAGCAGCAGGAGACCGGUCGGCGCUUGGUUGUGACGGGAGACGGAACGAAAUGUUUUCUUCGUUUCCUGCGUGAUGCCGUGCGUGCGAAUCCCAUUUUUCUCGUUUCUCUUUUUCAGUCCUUCCUUGUCCCAGAUUCACGGCAGUUCCUUCAGUUGCUGCAGCAGCAGGACAGGGCCCGUCCACACUCCAUUCCACUUCUCUCAGCCAGCCCGCGGGCCCCCCUCCCUCCAGCAAUCCUCCCACUCACAGGUCACCCCAUCCUUCCACUUCCGCCGCGUUCCCUUCCUAGGUCCAGUCCUUUUUCAAUCGCUCCUCCACUUUUCUUCCCACCCACCAACACCCACCGUGUCGCAUGCCCGUCACAGCUUCUCCUCCAAACAUUCAUCAUCCUCUUCUCAACUGUUACCAACCAUCAUUGCCAACUUGGACGGCCAACCAUCCAACACAACACCGCGACGACGACUUUACCCGCCGAUUCGUCGCGUGAUUUUACGUCUUGUCUCUGAUUGAAUCGUCGAGUGAUACAAACACCCACCACAACCCGAACUUGGCUGACGCCCUCUUCUACGCUUCCCGCCUCUCCGCCCAGAUUGGUCUCUCUCGUGCCUGGCUUGCACUUUGACUGGUCGGCCCGCGAACAAGGCUCCGAACAAGUUGACGCAACUUUUUCUUUUCUUAAACGAGGCUUCGGCAGGACACAGCACGUCGUCGCGCUUAUUACCCCGACCAACCCCCUCCUCACCUCACCAGGCUCCCGAUCUCGUCCGUCGUGUCAGCCUUCAUCCUAU